GUGUGUGAAUGUGGCAACCGAGGUAGACAGGGAGGGGUAGAUAGACUGACCAGACCAGGGGCUUUUUUUUGUCUUUUGUCUUAAUUCUUCUUUUCUGACGAAGCCUGUGUUUACAACCUAUGUUCCGCCACGGUUGUAAACUUGUGUGUGAAGCAGAAAACCGGGCCGCCGCUGCUUUUCUUUGGGACUAACCGUUACCGUUGUGAAAACAGCCCAGAAGAAAGAAGGAAAGGGAGAAACAACAUGGGGCGAUGAUAGAAAAGGAAGGUGUUGUGCUGUGAACCGACGAUGACUCUUUGGGAGGAUCCGUGAAGCUUAUUUAUUUUUAUUUAUUCCUCCCUUUCCCUGCCCUUUUUUUGUUUUAUUUUUAUAUUUUCUCCUCCCUUGCUACUUUGGGGAGGCUGUUUUUAAAGGAAAAGGAUACGUUACAAGAGGACUGAAGGAUGGACCAAGCCGGCAUCCUUAGAAAGUUUAUCCAGGGGGUGAAGGCCAUGAGCGAGGGGGACGAGGAGAGGGGAGAGGACAACUUCGGCAGCGACUUUAUGCGGUUACGAAGAUUAUCAACCAAAUACCGGACGGAAAAAAUCUACCCCACCAACGUAGGAGAGCGGGAGGAGAAUGUGAAGAAGAACAGAUACAAAGACAUACUGCCAUUUGAUCACAGCAGGGUGAAGCUGACGUUAAAAACGACCAAUCAAGACACUGAUUAUGUCAAUGCAAACUUCAUUAAGGGUAUGGAUGGCCCAGAAGCCUACAUCGCCACUCAGGGUCCACUGCCAAACACUGUCAUCGACUUCUGGAGGAUGAACUGGGAGUACAAUGUAGCUGUUAUUGUUAUGGCUUGUCGAGAGUUUGAGAUGGGAAGGAAAAAGUGUGAGCGCUAUUUCCCGCUGCUUGGGGAGGAGCCCAUGAGUUUUGGCCCUUUCCGAAUCUCCUGUGAUUCAGAGCAGGCCAGGACAGACUACUUUAUCAGGUCACUGAUGGUGGAAUAUGAGAAUGAGACCCGGAGAAUAACACAGUUCCAUUAUAUAAACUGGCCCGAUCAUGACGUCCCAUCCUCGUUUGACUCCAUAUUGGACAUGAUUGGACUAAUGAGAGAAUACCAAGAGCAUGAUGAUGUCCCUAUUUGUGUACACUGCAGUGCAGGCUGUGGGAGGACGGGCGCUAUCUGUGCUAUCGACUACACCUGGAACCUCCUCAAAGCUGGGAAAAUACCAGAAGAUUUUAAUGUUUUUCGGUUAAUCCAAGAGAUGAGGACACAACGGCACUCUGCAGUACAGACCAAGGAGCAGUAUGAGCUGGUUCACAAAGCGAUCGCUCAGCUCUUUCAGAGGCAACUGCAGCUACUGGAGAGCCCCACCAACACGCAGAUACACGAUGGCAUGGAGGAAAGCAGUCCAGACAAAGCCAGCCACCAAUCAGAUGAUGAGAGAUGGGACACGCCUCCUCCCAAACCUCCCCGCAUUCGAAGUUCCCAGGCUGAAGGUGACGUAAAAGAGGAGAUCCUGCAGCCACCAGAACCUCACCCUGUACCCCCCAUCCUGACCCCGUCUCCCCCCUCAGCCUUUCCCACUGUCACCAACGUACGGCAGGACAACGACCGCUACCACCCCAAACCUGUCAUCCACGUGCUCGCCACCACACAGACACAGAAUAAAGAAGCAGAUAAGCAGCAGAACCAGACAGAAACCAGUCCAAACAAGCAGACGAGUCCAGCAGAGCAGAAAGAUCAGGAUCUACAAAGUCUAAAACAGCAAACUCAAGUCUCCAAUCUAGAUCUGAACGACAACUAUAACAACAAAACGUCAUCUACGUCGACAAAAACAGAGUCAGGCCAAAGUCAAACUCCCUCCUCGCCCCUCUCCCCAGUUGUUGAAUGUUCCGGCGUUCCUCGGAUUGAGAGGAAGUUGAGUAUCGAGAUCAAAAAGGUCCCGCUGCAGGAGGGACCUCGUAGUUUUGACACUUCCUCCUCCAUGAGUGUAGCGGGAGGAAUAAGCAGCAGCUCAUCCAAUAAUGUGGGAAUGCUUCAGAGAAGCCACGCCUUCAAAGCCAGAGCCGGCCAAUCGCUGCUGACGUCGAGCUCCUCGCUGUCAGAGGACUCGGGCACAGAGGGAGGAGCAAGCGGGGAGAGUAACACAGACGGGGGCGUCCUUACGAGGCCGAACCACCUCCCUGUGAAGAGCGAGAAGGUGGAGACGACGGGAGGGGAGAAAGCGGAGGCGAAAGGCGGCCACGCGGCGUGGAGUCAACCCUGCAACAGCCCAGAGAAACACUUCCUGAAAACCACCUCCUCCUCCUCCUCUUCCUCAGAACGCGUCGCCCCAUCCUCUUCCUCCUCCUCCCACCUGUCCUCCUCCUCUUCCUCCUCCUCCUCCACCCCUGUUAGGACUGCUCUGAGCUUCACCAACCCCCUGCAUUCUGAUAACUCAGAGGAAGAAGGGGAUGGGGAGAUGUCCGGAGGGAAGGAGGGGUAUCGUACAAAUGUAUCCACAGCGACCGCUGUGGUGACCACUUCGCUUCAACAGGGAGACCAGCAGCCAAUGAGGAAGGUGUCGCCCAUGUCGAUUGCAGGACAGAGCACUCCAUCACCCUCAGCAAACUGCUGGGACAGCGACGACUCCCCUCCCCCUCUCCCUGCCAGAACCCCCGAGUCCUUCAUACUGGCCACAGACCCUCUGGAGGUGAAGACGUCAGCCUCAGCAGAGUGGAGCAGUUCACACAAAGAUGUGUCAGAUUGUGUUAAGAAGACAUCUCCAGCAGACCCUGAAUCAGCUGGAAGCACAACAGCAGACAGCAAGGCAGACCUUGGUGGGGUUCGGUAACCGCUGCCUUCAUCCCAAAGGCCCUCGAGACCCCCCUGUAGAGUGGACAUGAUGGAACAGUCCGUCUGUGCCGUCCACCAACAAGCAUCCUCCUUCUUCGUCAGGAGAUGGACUCUAUCGAUCUCACCUGGCUGGUCCAAAAAAAAAAAAAAAAAAAAAAGAAAAGUU